AAACAGAGUACACUGGGACAGAUAUUUAUUUUAAACCUCUCACCAUCAGGACAGCGUGUUGUAGAAACGUGUUUUAGGGCUUUAGUUUACAGAGAGCACAGCGCUACAGGAAGCAGCGCCUCAGCUGAACUUUGUUAUCAUCACACUUUGGGUUCUCCACAGACAAACAUUCAACAUGACGCAAAAUCCUUUAGCCUAAACUGCGCAGCUUUGUCAGGUGAGGAGGAUGAGCUCAGGCAAUGGAACCAGAAGGAAAGUCCGGAAGCAUCAGCACGUCAGCAAUACGGUGGUUUUAGACCAGGAAUCACAAAAUGAGAUUCAAAGUCUUUUUAGCAAAGUUAGAACUUAUGCAAAACCGUCUGAUGGCGGGUGGUGGUGCAUCCCUGACCCAAAUGCUGCCCUCAGACACUCAGUGGAGGAGCACUCCAAGCUGCAGGAUCUAAAGGUGUCGCUGAAUGCUGUGAAGAACCAGCUCAGUGACAAAGAUGUUCCGGUCUGGCAUCAGCACACCAACUCCACAAACCGAGCAGGGAAGGUGAUUGCUGCAGUGCGUUCUGCUGCUGGAGCUGAGAUCUGCACCCAGGCCUGGUGCAAGUUUUAUGAGAUCCUUGGAACCUUCAAUCUUAUUCCAGUGGAGGCUCUUCAAAAUGGAGAGCUGAACACGGUCCAUCUGUGUGAAGCUCCAGGGGCCUUUAUAACCUCUCUGAACCACUACCUGAAAACCAACGAGUCCACACGCUACUGUGACUGGAGCUGGGCCGCCAACACUCUCAACCCGUACCAUGAAGCCAACGGAGGGGGCACCACCAUCGCGGACGAUCGGUUGAUCGCCAACACGCUGCCUUGGUGGUUCUUCGGCUCGGAUAACACAGGCAACAUCAUGGUGCAGAAACAUCUGCUGGGGCUGCAGACGUUUGUGGCAAACAUGCGCAGAGUUGAUUUGGUGACAGCAGAUGGAAGUUUUGACUGUCAGGAGAAUCCAGAUGAGCAGGAGGCGCUGGUUGCAUCGCUGCAUUACUGCGAGGUCACAGCUGCACUGCUGCUCCUCAGCCCUGGCGGCUCCUUCGUUCUGAAAAUGUUCACCCUGUAUGAACACUCCUCUGUCUGCCUCCUCUACCUACUGAACUGCUGCUUCCACUCUGUUAACGUCUUCAAACCUGCCACCAGCAAGGCAGGCAACUCUGAGGUUUACGUUGUGUGUCUGAACUAUGACGCCAAGGAGGCGGUGAGGCCCCUGCUCUCAAAACUGAUACGUAACUACGGACCACAUAUGGCUGACCGAGAGGCACUGAUCCCAAACUCACUUAUCCCAGAGUCAUUUCUAAAGCAGCACGAAGAAGUGUGCUUGUACUUCCACACACUGCAGGUGGAGACCAUCUCAGAAAAUCUGCAUCUGUUUCAAGGAAUGAGCACAGAGCACAGGCAGCGUCUGGAGUACAUCAGAGAUUUUACAGCUCAGGAAUACCUGCAGCGCUUCCAGGUGAGCUUUCUUCCCCGGAGCCGGUGGAUCUCUCGUAACACCGUGAGUCCUGCAUGCUGCAAUGUCUCAGCGGGCCGACCCCUGGGACAGAAGAAGCAAACAGGCUCCUUCAAUGAGCGCAGGGAAUUACAGACUCUGAGCUGGAGGGAACGCAUCAAGAGGGGUUGCCAUGCCACAGACAUAAAGAGACACCGCACAGAGGCUGGUGGGAGCGGCUGCGUGCUGGAGGGACCCCUGAGUCAGUGUCAGGUGGAUUCAUGGUAUGUUAUUGAUGGGGCUGCCCUGCCUACAGUCAGAAACUCUCCAGUCUGUGAUGGAGGAUUGUUAAACCACCUGAAUGAAGCUCUGAUGGACAAAGACAUAGACUGGACUCGCACACCUCCAUGUGACUCUUGCUGUGUGGUUUCUGCUUCUUCUAUCUUGUCUGAAGUUGCAGGUCUGUGUGUCUGUACACAGGACAGUGAAAAGAACCAGAAGAAGAAACAGUGUCUGGUGUUUGGCAGCCCCCUGGUGUGGGGUGCCUGUGAAGAUCUUGAGGAUUUAGUCUUAACAUUUUCUGCAGAGCCCUCACUUCCUCAACGAGGCAGCCUCCUGCUGCACGACGGGGAGCCGCUGUACCAGCAGCAGCUCCUAGCUUGUGUUGUGUUCUCCCUGCAGACCCUGAACUCUGGGGAUGCCCUGCUGCUGCCUGUGUUUUCUGCCCUCACCCGUGUUACAGCAGCUGUUGUGCUCUGCCUGCAUGUUUGUUUUCACUCGGUCACGUUCAGAUCUCCUCCACCCUCAGGCGUACUUGGGACUGUUCUGAUGUGUGUUGGCUUCUGCCCUGAAGCUGCUGCACAGAUCCUCCCUGUUCUCACUGAGGUCCAUGGACGCAUGGGUCAGUUGUUGGGAGGGCAGGAGGACUCAGGGGAAAACCUGCAGUCUGGGUGUGACAGACAGGUGCUGCAAUUUGUUCCCAUGGAAGACCUGCUCACACGAGGACUGACUGAGUUCCUCUUGACCAUGAACUCUGAAAUAAUUCAACAGAAGCUCCAUUCUCUGAUGCAGUCAUAGUGCAGUGCUGCUGGAUUCACAGACUUUUCAACUACAUGAGCGUCCAGCAGUUAGUGCUGGAACUAUUUUGAUAUUAAGGGAGCUCUCCUCUAAUUUAGCACUACACAUUGAUUUAACAUUUCACACUGUAGGAGUCACAAAGGAACAAUUUUAAGGCAAAGAUUGCUUCAGAACCAGGAAUGUCAUCUUUUUUUUAUUCCCCACUAUCUUAUUUGAUGCCCACAUCGCUCACACUGCGUUCACCAGUUUGCUCUGAAAUGUUUUUAGUUUUAAUUUUAUUUUUUAAAGUUUAUUGACACCAUCGAUGAGGACUCAAGUGACACCACAUGAGUCAGUUAUGAUUUCCUGCAGCUCCCUCUGGAGCCACAAAAGGCUUUCUGCAACUUUUUUCAAGUCUGUUCUAGUCCUCCACAACACCUGUCAACAGACAGAUGUGUUAAGGCAGUGAAGUCUGAUGAUGCAGAAGUGAUGUAAAAUCAGAUGUUGUUUUUACACAGUUUUAAUUUCCAUAGAUUAUCCAAGGGUUAUUUCAGGUGUUUAAUAUAAUGCUGACAGUACAGUUACUAUAACUCACAGAUUAUUGAAAGAUGGGUUUAAAAAGGGGAAGUUUUAAAUGAUAUAUGGCAAAUAAUAUAGGCCAUUUUAAUGUUGUUAAGUAACAGAAGUUAUACAACAGAAGUUACACAAUUAUGCUGGGGUGAAUUUUCAAACUGUGUUAAAUUGUUUGUCUUCCAGAGUUUGGGUUUCAGCUACAAAGGUAACACCCCAAUUACAAUUAUGUUGGGACACUGUGUUUAAUGUUGAUUUAAAACAGAAUUGAUGGUGUACGAAUGUUUCAAAACUGCUCAUUUUAUAUUUGGUACCCUCCUAGAGAUUCUAUGGGGUUCAGGUUAGGCAUGUUGGCUGGCCAAUAAACAUGGGGUGGACAAAGUA